UUAAUACAGUGCAGUUGCCCUGUCCCAUGUGCAGAAAAACAAACCUACAUUUAUGACAAAUCUUGUCUCUGUGUGUGCAGGUGUGUUUUGUGAUACAGAUGAAGUGAAGUCAGUGUCAGUGGUGGAGGAAGAUUCUGUUACUCUACACACUCAUCUUACUGAAAUACAGAAAAAUGAUGUGAUAGUGUGGAGGUUUGGACUUCAAAAGUCUCUUAUAGCAAAAAUCAACAGAGCGACCAGUGAGAUCUCAAUAAAUGCUGAUGCUUUUGAUGUGAGAUUCAGAGACAGACUGCAGGUGAAUAAUCAGACUGGAGAUCUCAUCAUCACAAACAUCACAACUCAACACACUGGACUUUAUCACAUGAUCAUUAACAGCGCUAAAGAGAGCUCAUACAAAUUCAAUGUUACUGUCUAUGCUUUUUUGCCCAUUCCUGUCAUCACCAGAGACUCUUCACAAUGUUCUUCAUCAUCUUCAAGCUCAAAUUGUUUAUUAUUGUGUUCAGUGUUGAAUGUGAGAGAUGUGAGUCUGUCCUGGUAUAAAGGAAACAGUUUAUUGUCCAUCAUCAGUGUGACUUAUCUCAACAUCAGACUCUCUCUACCUCUGGAGGUUGAAUAUCAGGAUAACAACACAUACAGAUGUGUACUCAACAAUACCAUCACAAACCAAACUCAACAUCUCAACAUCACUCAACUCUGUCAGACGUGUUCAGACUGCGUUUGCUGUUGUCAUGAUUUUGAAGCUGUGAUCCGAUUGGUUGUCUCUGCUCUGGUGGGUGUGGCUACAGUUGCCAUUUUGAUUUAUGACAUCAGAUCAAGCAGAGUUGAACAGAAGAAAAGAUCACAGACACCAUCAGACUAUUAG